AUGAUACUGUCAGUAAGCUUUACAGUCGUCAUCGAGUCUAGCACAUCGCUCCCGCAACAAUCCUGGGAAGCACAGAUCUGGCACAAUAUUAGCGGCCCAGAAUGGGAAGCUCUCUCGUUGAAGAAGAUUGAUUCAUCUCAUGCGCCGCUAUUGUCAGGGAGUGAGACCGACUAUAAUUUCUAUCGCCAUGUCUUCUCUGAGGAGAUUGCGCUCCCUUUGGCGGGCGGCCAUGCUCAAUUCACUGUCCGAUUUCGAACAAAUCCAGACACUGAAUGGCAAUGGGCCAACCAACAGCGUCCGCUGAAUAAUGGCGAGUUGGUUUUCAGUCCGCGAGAUUCGAAAAUUGAUCAGGUAUCCGUACCCUUGGAUGCCAGACUGGAGCUGUCCAAGUAUAUUGAUAACCUCUCCCCCGAAGUUCAAAUCGAGUCUCGUCGUAGUGAUUGUCCAGGGUCAUAUCUCUGGGCAAUCUCUGGAAAUGUCGACAGGGCCACUGAGGGUGUCUCCGGUGUGAAGAAAUUCACACUGGGAGUUCCCUCGUCUAUGGUCAAGUAUUUCUCGUUGGUGCGGAUAUGGAGCCCGUGGCUUGGCCCUCGCCACGGAAAGAACAAGUUCAAGUUGACAGAAGAUGCUAUUCUGUGUUCCUUCCUGCGCUCAGAUGGAACACAUCUACUCCUACUCGCUGUCUCAGGGAUAAAUGAUGUGCUUACCGUCUUCCAAUCCAGUGAAGAUGCUGAAGUAGUGAUCAGUGCCAAGAAUGAUAAUAAAGAACAUGCUCAAUUUCUAGUCCUGGCUUCGGUGGCCGAGGACUUCGAAGUUGGCAUGUCGGCCUUAAUUUACGAGUCAAGAAAGGUGGUCAGGCCAUUUGCGAACCCUGCGAAUGAAUCUUGGGAGCCGCCAUUAUCACCACCCGGAGAUGAUAUGGUGCUCGUUGAAAAAGAUGCAAAGGCACAGUGGAUGACUGAGUGGUUUGACGGCUUGACAUAUUGCACUUGGAACGGACUUGGACAGAACCUGACAGAAGAGAAAAUUCUGGGUGCAUUGGAAGCCCUGAAGUCGCAUGGUAUCAACAUUGUCAAUCUGAUCAUCGAUGAUAAUUGGCAAAGUCUUGAUAACGAGGGUGAAUCGCAAUUCAAAAGACGUUGGCAGCGAUUUGAAGCAAAUACGAAGGCCUUUCCUCGUGGUUUGAAGCAGACUGUCACUACCAUUCGCCAAUCCCAUCGCAGUAUUCAGCAUGUUGCGGUGUGGCACGCUUUGUUAGGAUACUGGGGAGGAAUCUCUCCGGACAGUGAGAUAACGAAACAGUACAAAACCAAGGAGGUCAAAGUCAAAGACCCUGCCGCUGGUGGUCCCAUUGCACAUGAUAUCGCCGAUGGAAAGAUUCUUGCUAUCGACCCCGAAGAUAUUCAACGCUUCUAUGAUGACUUCUACAAAUACUUGGUUUCUGCUGGAGUCGAUUCGGUUAAAGCAGAUGCUCAGUUCUUUAUCGAUCUCCUUGAAGACCCGGAGGACCGAAAGCGUUUCAUGACAGCUUAUCAAGAUGCUUGGUCCAUCUCCUCCCUAAAGUAUUUUAGCACACGAGCCAUCUCAUGCAUGUCGCUGAUCCCCCAGAUGAUCUUCCAUUCACAGCUUCCGAACAACAAACCUGCCAUUACCCUGCGGAACUCAGAUGACUUUUUCCCUGAGAUCCCCACAUCGCAUCCAUGGCAUGUGUUCUGCAAUGCUCACAAUGCACUCUUUACACGGUACCUCAAUGCGCUGCCAGAUUGGGAUAUGUUCCAGACCAGUCAUUCUUACGCAUCAUUCCAUGCUGCUGCUCGCUGUGUCUCAGGUGGUCCUGUUUACAUAACUGAUGAGCCUGGCAAACACGACUUGAAACUCCUAAACGAAAUGACUGCACCGACGGUUUACGGAACGACCGUCAUUCUCCGACCCAGUGUUAUUGGUCGCACAAUGGAUAUAUAUCACGACUAUAAUGAGGGCCAUAUUCUCCGUGUUGGAAGUUACACUGGCUGGGCUAAGACCGGCAGCGGAAUUAUGGGACUGUUCAACAUAUCAUCGGUGGAGACAUCAUGCAUGAUUUCACUGACUGAUUUCCCUGGGAUUCAUGAGGACUCUGAUGGCCAGUAUGUGGUUCGCGCGCACAUAAGCGGCAAGGUCACUGGUCGGAUGCAGCCAUUCUCUCAAAACUCUCUUGUGUCUGUUGUUUUACAGGAAAGAGGAUGGGAUAUUCUCACAGCGUACCCGACUCAAUCCUUCGCCCUGAAAGGGAACCAGGACAGUUCAACUCAUGUCGCUGUUCUGGGUCUCCUUGGGAAGAUGACUGGUGCAGCUGCAGUGGUUAGCUCGGAAAUAUAUGUCGUGGAGAAUGGUCGUCUGCGAUUUGAUGUUCACUUGAAGGCACUUGGUACUUUGGGUCUCUAUAUCUCAGACCUGCAAGACCGAAGCAUUUCUCAGAAUUUCAUCGUCACGAUUUUGGGACAGGCUAUACCACAGGAGACAGUAUGGAAAGAAGGUGGAGAAGAGAGUCAGGUUUUGGCGAUUGAUAUUCAUGCGGCUUGGAAGGCCAUGAAGUUGGAUAGCGGGUGGAGUAACGAGGCCUUCGUCCAAAUUUUUGUUGGAUAA